UCUCUUUGUUGUGCCUCUCUCUUUACGCACCGCGCCUCCUCUUCAUCACCGGGGAUCAGGAGGCGGAGGACCCGUGCACCAGUCAGAGAUAGUCCUGCGGGAGAAGACGCGGAUCUUCGGUGCGGAGGACGGACGGAGGACGGACGGAGGGUGAGGAUGCUGCCGCUGCCGCUGCCCAGGACACACCCGUCCGCCCCCGAGGCUUCCUGAACGCGUCCUCCCCGCACAUUCCUCCAUCUUCCCCCGCGCCCUCUGCGCCUCCUCUCCCCGGGCUCCGGUGCUCUCCUUCGCGGACACAGUGCGGGCGGCAGCCGGGGCUGCUCCGCUCCGGAUUACUCUCGAUCGGUUGACACGUUUCUUGACGUGAAUCGCGCGCGUGGAGGUGGGAGCACCGUCAUCAUGGUGUCCGCCGGGCUGCUCCGGUACCUGGCGGCCGUGUGCGCGCUCUGUGCGCCGCUGCAGCUGCCGCAGGCUCAGGCGUCUUAUUACCCACAGAGCGGAGAGUGUCGAGGCAAAGGGAAGGACUGCACCGACCUGUCGGAGAAGAAGAGCGACCUGAGGGUGUGCGAUGACGCCUCCUGUCGGUUCGGAGGCGUCUGCAGAGACGACGGAGCUCAGCUCAAAUGUGUCUGCCAGUUCCAGUGCCACAAAAACUACAUCCCUGUGUGUGGCUCCAACGGCGACACCUACCAGAACGAGUGCUACAGGCGACAGGCGUCCUGCAAACAGCAGAGACUCAUCUCCCGGGUGUCCGAUGGCCCCUGCUCCCCCGAUCCCGGCUCCGGUUCAGGAGACGGAGACGACGACGAAGGCUCAGGCUCAGACGUUGGGAAGAAGUUCACCAAGUGCAGCACGUGUAAAUACGGAGCAGAGUGUGACGAGGACUCGGAGGACGUGUGGUGCAUAUGUAACAUCGACUGCAGCGGCCACAACGAAAACCCCGUGUGUGCCACCGACGGAAACUCCUACAACAACCCCUGUCUGGUCCGAGAGGCGUCGUGCAUGAAGCAGGAGCAGAUCGACGUCAAACACCUGGGCAGGUGCCCUGCUGAUAAAGAAAAACUGGGGAAGAAAGACGACAGCAGCCCUUUCAAAAUAAAUGUCUUAGAAACCACCGGUCUGGAUCACGGGGACGGUUUCUACGCUGGGAUGCCGAUCCCCUGCGCCGACAGCUACGCCAGCUCCUGCGUCCACGGGAAAUGUGAGAUCAAGUACAACAUGGCCACCUGCAGAUGUGACUCAGGUUACAAAGGUCCGCAGUGCGACGAGCCUCAGGACUUCAACAUCCUCUACGUGGUCCCCAGUGGACAGAAGCUGCACUACGUCCUCAUCGCCGCCAUCAUCGGUGCCGUGCAAAUCGCCAUCAUCGUCGCUGUGGUGAUGUGCAUCACAAGGAAAUGUCCAAAAAACAACCGAGGUCGCAGACAGAAACAAAACCUUGGACACUUUUCCUCGGACACUAACUCCAGGAUGGUAUAGCCGUGUUGGCCGCUCGUUCUUUUUGAUAUGUUUUUUCUUACGGCGUGGGAAAGCCAUUUUUUAACGGUAGAUGUGUGCUAUUGAUUUUUAUUUUCUCUUGGGAAACCGUCGAGAAGAAGAAUCUGAAUAUUUAUUUCAGGGGCCUUAUCGUCUCUCCUUUUUGUUCGGAUGGAAUUUUGGCACAUUCAUAAAUUUAGAUUUAGUUUUUUAUGUUUUAUUUUUAUUUUUUGCCGCAAGACCAAGGAUCUGGAUCGACAGAAACCUGCUGUCACUUCCCGUCAUCAACAUGUGUGACGUCUUAUUUACUGUAACUGCUUCAUCUGAGGUUUAGUUGAAUGCUUUAUAAAUAUGGCACCUUUAGUUAACUGGCAGAUUAAUGUCCGCCCCUCUGGAAUGUGCUAUUUAUUGGAAAUAAUUAUUUUUUACGCCCCCCCCUCUGUUCCACUUUGGACUAACACCGAGCAGCUGAUCACCAAAUGCAGUUUGUUUUUAAUGUUUUGGUUUUGUCCGUGUGUAGGAGGGGCCAGCCAGUGAUAUAGAUACGUCUGUUUACACUUACUCUUUGUUUUAAAGUUCUGUGUAAAGAUUUCACUGUGUUUAAACGAGCUAAUAAUUUAUUAUUGUAACGAUUAUAGUUUUUAACUUAAGGUUUUUAUGUUUUUAUUUAAAGCAUUGCUUUCUGAAUUCUAGCUCCUGUAUAUUCGCAUGACUUGUGAAAACUGUGUAGUGUGGUGUAGUUUUAACUUUUUAAAAGAAGAGCUGACGGCGUCAACGCCUCCGCCACCUCAGCGCCGCCGGCGAUGCGACGCUGUUGGAAGUCGGACAGAAGAUCAGGAGACUGAGUGAGAAGGUUUUAUUCGGGGUUAAGAAAAGGAACGUGUCAUGUUUUAAAUCCGUCUUUUUCAGGGGGGAGAACCAAAACAUUGGCUGGAACUUCGAAGCACGUUCUUCUACAACCACCUUUACUUUCACCAGGAACAGAGUCGAUUGAUUGUAACGCUUCCACGUAAUUGGAAGAAGUCUUGGUUGAAAUCAAGGAGUUUCUAUGAAUGUGGUUUUUUGUUUGUUUUAAUUUUGCAUUUGCUCCUCACUGAGACAUUCCAAGCACAGAUCUGAAAACCCUCGUCCUCUGGGCGACGUUUGAGUCCGAACCAAUGGGACCCCCGGGCCUUUUUUCCUCUGUGAUGUGAACAGGUGUCACCUAUUGUCCUAAUGUGAAGACGUCUGAGCGUUAAACUGAGAAAACGGACAAAUACUGUUUGUAGAAAGUCAAGUGACUGUUGACAGACAAGAAAAUACACCUGUGGCUGAUUUGGUUAAAAAAGCAAUCGCACCACGUCUCGACGGGACGUCUACAUCCAUGAAGGGAAACGCCUCACUUAGCAUAGACUGUAAAUAAAGAUGGACGACACAUCUCCACGUUCUCCCGUUUAAAUAAAGCUAAAAUAUCCACAGGAAGAAGGUUCAAAUCCCGGUUUUGCUCCUUCGUCUCUGAAUAUCAGCCCUGUGAUACGCUGCCUCUCACGCUGCCAUCCUGUGCUUCUGACGUCAUUUGGAGUCCGAGUCUGUGCAGCAGUGAUCGAGGUCCCGCCCAUACAAGCUCUCAACCAAUCAGGAGUCAGUCUCAGCUGUCAAUCAUCACGUCUCAGCCUGUUCUUAUAUCAUCAAA